AUGAAUCUCAACUUAUCUGGAACUGUCAACGUCUUUAAGCUCCUAACAAAACCCUCAUUAUGUCUUCCUCACGCAACAGCCUCUACAUUCAAUGAUAUACCAACACCUCUCAAUAAAGCGUUUGAAGGUCGAGGCAAGAAAGUAGAUAUCAGGGCCGUAAUACUCGACAAAGAUGAUUGCUUCGCUUAUCCAAAUUCCAAUGAAAUAUACCCUGCUUAUUUGAAAAGAUUCCAGAAACUUCAAGAAGAAUACCCCGGUCAUCGUCUUCUCAUAGUUUCCAAUACAGCCGGUGCGACUACUUAUGACCAUGAUGGACGCCUGGCAAAGGAGCUCGAGGCCGCUACUGGAGUUUCUGUACUAGCUCAUAAAGUAAAAAAGCCUGGCUGCAGCGACGAAAUACUAGCCCACUUCAAAGCCCACCCUGAGGCUGGCGUAACGCAUCCAAGCCAAAUCGCUGUUAUUGGAGAUCGUCUAAUGACUGAUAUUAUGUUGGCCAAUAUGAUGGGCAGCUGGGGUCUAUGGAUAAAGGAUGGCGUUAAACCAUUAGAAAAGAAGAGCAUAUUCUCUAAAUUUGAGCAGCGUCUUGGACCAUAUUUAAUGGCACGUGGUUACCGCGCCUCUGAUCCCCAAUCUCCAUUCGAGUAA